ACCCUAAACUCUCAUUGAAAAAUUCUCUCUUUUUAUCUCAUACAAUGCUCUAGCUUUUGAAAAUAUUUCUUUCAUUUUCUUGUGAAAUUUUUUUCCUAGUACAUAAUGUCAGAGUACGGAUCUCCAACCUUCAAGAACAAUGAAGAUAAAGGAUCCUCGUCUUCAUCGGAUUCCGAACAGGAGACUAAACCGACAAUUUCGAAGAAGAAGAUGUUUGGAAGAACGGUGCCAAUUCACGGUUAUAUUGGAGGAGGAAAAGCUGCUGAUGUAGUGCUAUGGAGAAACAAGCAGAUGACAGGGGGGAUUGUUGUGGGAGUGACUACUCUCUGGCUUCUCUUUGAAGGGAUGGAUUAUCACUUGCUCACUUUUAUUUGUCACUGUCUCAUUCUUUCACUCUUGUUACUCUUUUUUGGAUCCUAUGCUGCUCCACUUGUCAACAGGAAGCCUCCAACACUUCCAGAGGUUAUCUUAUCUGAGCGCAUGUUUCUAAGUGUAGCACUUGCGCUGAGACUUAAAAUAAAUGAAGCAUAUUCUGCUUUCAGAAGAAUUGCUUCGGGUAGAGAUAUCAAGCAAUUCCUCAAGGCGAUUGGUUGCCUGUGGGUAGUUUCUGUUGUCAGCAAAUGGUUCAGCUUUCUGACUCUCAUAUACAUUGUUUUUCUGCUUCUCAUUUCUCUGCCUCGGCUUUACGAAACAUACGAGGAUGAAGUCGAUAAUGUUGCUCACAAGGCGAUGGUCGAGAUCAACAAGAAGUACACGGUUCUUGAUGACAAAGUUCUCAGGAAAAUUCCAUGCUGUCCGUUUUCUGAUAAGAGCAAGAAGCAUCGUUGAGAAAUCAAGAAUCAAGAACCAAGAACCAAGAACCCCCAUUCAAUUUUGGCUUCCAUUCUUAUUUCAAGUUCAUGAGAGAGUCUCUUGUCUAAUACAAUUAUAUGUAGUAUAUGUUGACAUAUUUUGGUUGUAAUUGUCAUGGGAAUAUGGGAUUUUUUGCUGAUUUACAUGGAUUUACAUUUAUUUUUAA